CUUUCGUUCAACCAACCAACCAUUUACACAGACGACUCCAACGUUCUUCUGUCAUUUACCUCGCCGCUGUCUCCAGUCAUGGAUUUCUCACAGCUCAACUCUGCUGAACAGGCACACAUGACAAAAAUUAUUGAAAAAAAACAGAUGCAAGACUUCCUACGUCUAUACUCAGGCCUCGUGGAAAGAUGCUUUAGCUCAUGCUGUAAUGACUUCACGAGCAAAGCAUUGUCUUCGAAAGAAGAGCAAUGUGUUCUGAAUUGCGCAGACAAAUUUUUGAAGCACUCUGAGCGCGUGGGGCAGCGAUUUGCCGAGCUGAAUGCAGAGUCCAUGGGUCCCAAGCCAUGAGAAUAAAUACAUGCAAUUUAAUUCGUAUGCUAUGUCGAUGCUAUCGAGGUGCUAUCAUAUUUUUGUGUUUGAUUAGCAUGGCGACUUCGUCGCAGUUGCUUCGUAAACCCAAUGUCCUGGUUCAUCCUACCGAUUUGUGGCCGUCGGCGCUCCUUCACAACGAUACUCCCAACUGUUAUCUAUGUAUCCACAAGGUAGUUCAUGGUUUCCUCGGCAUUGGUUUAUCGUUUUGUCUAGAUGUUGUGUCCUCUCCUGUCAUUUGCGUGAAUGCGAUUAUCAGCGUUGUGAGAACGUUACUUCGGUCUCUCAUGCGUGCAUACCC